GCGGCAGUAGUUCUCCUAACCGCCCGUUACAUACAUCUCCUUCGAUCGAAGCCUUCAGCUUCGCCGUGCUGUCGAAAGUGGUAGUUUCGAUCGGAUCCCAGUAGGAAAAAUUGCCUUUCUCGGUCGGUUUCGAGGAGUUUGGACUUGUUGAGAGGUUUCGGAUGCUUCUUGGCAUGCAUCGGAGUCUGGAUUCGGUGAUUCUGCUGUGGUUUUCGUAGAUUGAUGAGCGAUGGAGCCUCCGCAGGGGUUUUGGGCGACUCUUUGGAGUUGCCUUCGGUUCUUGCCUUUCUUUCUAGGUUUACUGCUGCUGGGCAUCAUCAAAGGUGCUUUACUUUUCCCAUUUGUAUGUCUUAUCAUGACAUUAGGAAACUCAGCCAUCAUUGUGAGUCUCUGGCCAGUACAUGUAGUUUGGACUUAUUACUGCAUAGCAAAAGCCAAACAGCUUGGGCCUAUUCUGAAGCUUGUUCUUGCACUUGGUGUAUCUGUCAUCUUGAUGUUGUGGCCGCCAGUUGGUAUUUUUGGGAGCAUCAUUGUCGGAGCAAUCUAUGGUUUUCUAACUCCUAUCAUGGCUACCUUUGAUGCUGUUGGUGAAGGAAAAGCUAAUAAUCUCAUACAUUGCUUUUUGGAUGGAACUUGGAGUACUAUCAAAGGAAGUUGUACAGUGGUUAGAGACGUGAAAGAUAUUUGCUUGCACUCCUAUUUCUCGAUCAUGGAUGAUCUUCGUCUUCAUGAUCCUCCAAACGGAGAGCCUUAUGAGAUCAGAUUGCGUUACAUUCCGGGUGCCUGUUUGGCUGGUCUGCUUGGAGUCAUGGCUGAUGUGCCGAUGAUCUCAUUGAUUGCCAUUUGCAAGAGCCCAUACAUGCUUUUUAAAGGAUGGAGGCGUUUGUUUCAUGAUCUUAUAGGCCGAGAGGGCCCGUUUUUGGAAACUGCAUGCGUCCCAUUUGCUGGUCUAGCCAUUAUUCUCUGGCCAUUGGCAGUUGCAGGAGCAGUCACGGCUUCCAUAAUAUCAAGUUUCUCUUUGGGUGCAUAUGCAGCUGUUAUAGCAUACCAGGAGACAUCAGUGAAGAUGGGGCUAGCCUACAUCAUCUCUUCCAUGUCUAUGUUUGAUGAAUACAGUAAUGAUGUACUUGACAUGCCAGAAGGAUCUUGCUUUCCCAGGUAUCAAUACAGGAAGAAGGUACCACAGCGUGCUACCUCUUUUUCCAGACCUGUCUCUUUUCGACGGGAAAACCAGGAUGCAAAAAAGGCUCCUUCACGUGCGACGUCAUUUAAGAAUAGCAUACUUGAAUUGAAUCCUUUGAAGUUACUUGAUCAUCUGUUCUCGGAGUGUAAGCGCCAUGGUGAGGUUUUGGUCUCUGAAGGAGUAAUAACACGAGAAGACAUUCAAGAAUCUAGGUCCAGUAAAGGUGGUAGCAGGAUAAUAAGCAUCGGUUUGCCGGCAUACUCCAUACUCCAGGCACUGUUACUUUCAGCAAAGAGCGAUACUGAUGGUUUAGUUUUAAGUGACAACACUGAGAUAACCACUGAAAACCGGCCUAAAGAUACAAUCUUCGAUUGGUUCUUUGACCCUCUGAUGAUCAUUAAAGAGCAGAUUAAAGCUGAAAAUUUUACAGAAGAGGAAGAAAUAUAUUUGUCCAAAUUGGUGCUGCUGCAUGGUGAUUCCAAGAGACUGAAAAACCUUAAUGCUCAAUCAUCAUCUUCAGAUCAGAGAAAACGAGCUGAAAUUGAUGCCCUUGCUCGGAGGUUGCAAGGCAUCACCAAAUCGAUCUCAAGGUAUCCGACAGCCAGACGACGUUUUGAUGAUCUUGUGAAAUCUCUUUCGGAAGACCUUGAGAAGAAGUUUGGAAGCAAUCGAUCUGCCAAUGGGUUUCAAGAGAGUCAACGUGUACGAAGUGGUAUUUUCCGAAUUUUUAGCCAAAAGUCAUUUGGCUCGGAUACAAGCACCAAGGGCCAUCAUCAAGAAAUCCAAGAGGUUAACAAUGGCUUUUAGUUCUGUAAAACUUUUCUACAUACCUCUUAAAUUUAGAAGGAUUUUUCUCAAGUGUUUUCUAUGUGGAUAGAUGAGGAGAUAUUGAUUGAUGAACUGCUAAUGACAUCAUAUGUCAUUUGAUUGAUGUACCAUUUGAAUGAAGAUGUGCCUGUAUAGUCAAGAAGUUAUUAUUACUAGGCAACGAAAAGCCUUCUUUUGCCUAUGACUGAUGUAUCGUUAAAUAUUGUGAUUUGUUUUCCCAUAUUUUGAUUGAAGAUUCCAUA